CUCUCGCGCUUAUCUCCCAACAAGCCUGAACGAUGACGCUGCACUAUUGGUGCCUUGCAUGGUGGUGCGUAAAUCAAGCGUCACCGGCACACAGACACACCCCAACACAAACCGGCAUGGAUCGCACAGAUCAGUCAAAUCUGGGGAGCGAUGGGACUCGGGACACAGUUUCUUUGCCUGUUUGUAGGAUGUGUCAGUUUGGCGGGGUAUUCCUACUAUGGAGAAUUGACUACCCCUCUGCCUGUUCCAACGCUCCAGCUGGAUGAAUAUUGGGGAUCGGGCGAUGGAGCAACCUACCAAGAGGACACCUCUAUACGAUCGUUCAAUAUUUCCGUCGACACUCAAACGAUCCAGAAGCUCCUACAACAACUAAAGGAUCUACCUCAUCUAGCACAGCCGCUCGAAAAUGCCGACAGUUUCGAGUAUGGAUUCAACACUAAUCGUUUACGCGAAAUUGUACAUUUCUGGCGCGAACGGUACCUCCCGAAAUGGGCCACCGAACGUGAACCGUAUCUGAAUCGCUAUCCACAUUACAAGACCCAAAUUCAAGGUCUGGACAUACAUUACAUCCAUGUACGUCCGGAUGCUGGGAAGAGAACGGUACUUCCGCUACUGCUGCUUCACGGUUGGCCUGGAUCGGUACGAGAGUUCUACGACAUCAUUCCACUGCUUACUGAACCAUCCACCGAGCGUGAGUUUACCUUCGAAGUGAUCGUACCAAGCUUGCCCGGUUUCGGGUGGUCUCAGGGCAGUGCGAAGGUGGGUUUCGGAGGUCAAAAGAUGGCCGUCGUCAUGAAGAAACUGAUGGAACGGAUCGGUCACAAGCGGUUCUUCGUGCAUGGGGGCGACUGGGGAGCACUGAUCACGGACAUGAUGGGGACAUACUUUCCGGACAGUGUUAUGGGCAUCCAUCAGUCUGGCUGCGGUGUGAUAGGAACUCUCGCCACUUGGAAAACGAUGAUCGCAAGCGUUGCUCCUUCAUUAUUUGUGGAAAAGCGACACGUUCCUUACUACUUCCCACUCGGGUCGUACUUUAGGGAAAUUCUUCUCGAGUCCGGUUACAUGCACCUGCAGGCAACGAAACCGGACACGAUCGGAACCGCACUGCUCGGUAACCCAAUCGGACUCGCCGCUUACAUUCUCGAAAAGUUUUCCACCCAAACCGACCGAGCGUUUCGCAAGCUGCCCGACGGUGGUCUUGAACGAGCGUUCAGUCUCGACGCCCUGCUAGACAACUUGAUGAUCUACUAUCUGACCGACAGUAUCACUACCUCGCAAAGGCUGUAUGCGGAAGCGUUCAGCAAGCGGGAACUGUUUGCCGGUGAGUUGGAACGGAUUCCCAACCUGGUACCGGCGGCAUGUGCUAAGUUUAGGCACGAUGUGCUACAAACGAUCGAUUGGGCCUUGCGGGGACACUAUCACAACUUGGUGCAGAGCAACCAUUUCGAUGAUGGGGGACACUUUUCCGUAAUGCAGGUGCCGAAGGUUGUCUACCGAGAUAUAUUGGAAUUUGUGGAAAAGGUGUUUAAAGGUUAGCAAGUAAAGAGCUUUUGUAGUGUGUUUAAUAUAAAAUACAAAUAAAUUUGUAAAAUUUUAA